UGCAAUAAACUAGAAGCUGUUGGUCAGGCCCGCGGAAAUGGGCGAGCAUAAUCUCCUUAAUCCUGGGUUUGUGGGACCUUUGGUAAACAUCCAUACUGGAGAUACGUUUUACUUCCCGAAUUUUAGAGCCUCAGGGGGACAACUGGCGGGGCUACCGUCUCUCUCGUACCCAAGAAGGGACAAUGUGUGCUCCCUCCCGUGGAAUCCAUCGGAGUCGUGCAAUGGAUAUCCUCAGUCCUACUUUGGCAGCCCUCUGUCCAUUAAUCCGUCUUUCAACCGAUCUUGUGCUGAAACAGCCCGACCGGAGGAGAAAUGUUAUUAUGGCGGCAGCAGCGGCCACAGAGAAGCAUGCUCGGACGACACAGUCAGCCUAAAACGAGAGGAGAGAGCAAGGGAGACAUCAGUAUCAUCAGAUCACGGGGUGCACAAUGGGAUGGGCAACAGUAGUACCUUCACCAAGUAUGACUAUGGCACCGAACAUCUGACCCCAAACCCGCCGUCCUGUCAGUCUCUCGAAUCCGAUUCCAGCUCCUCGGUGCUCAACGAUGGAGGAAAAAGCUCAGCAAACGAUACACAGACCCUGAUAUCUCCUGCAAAUCACACGAGCAAUAUCUCAACAGGAGGAGGUGCCCCAUGGUAUCCGAUGCACACCAGGACUCGCAAGAAACGGAAGCCCUAUUCUAAACUGCAGCUGGCCGAGCUGGAAGGCGAGUUUAUGCUAAACGAAUUCAUCACUCGGCAACGGCGGAGGGAGUUAUCAGAUCGGCUCAACCUCAGUGACCAACAGGUUAAGAUCUGGUUUCAGAAUCGGAGAAUGAAGAAGAAGAGACUGUUGCUGAGGGAACAGGCCUUGACCUUCUUUUAAGCAGUCGUUUAUUAAUAACACCACACCAAUCAUCCACUGUGGGUAAUAUUAAAAAAGCUCAGUAUUAAUUCUCGAUGGUCUUUUUUGUUCUUGUUUUGUUUAAUAUUUAUGCAUAUUUUUGCGUAAGCGCAAAAUGCAUAAGAAAGCAGAAAUUAUUUCAGGGAUGGCGACCAAAUGUUAACAGGAACAAAGCUCUGUUGAUAUCACACUUUGUAUUGUAAUAUAU